AUGCCUACAAACCAUCGGAACCUUCCAGGAACAGGCCGUCCUGUUGGCCGUCAAGCUCGUCGAGCUCGUCGGGGCAACUUGCAGCCAUCACGGGCUGCUCCAUCUCCGUCUACGAGAGACCCCCCUCAUCCACCUAGUGAUACCCCCUCUUCCCCUCGUCCUGAUUCCCCUCCACCGCCUCUUCGCAUCAUAACAAUCGGAUUGGCAAGAGAACUGCGAGAAGACGUCGAUAGAAUCUUGUCUAGCCUCACCCAGAGGGCAGCCUUCAUCACUUUCUUGAUGGAGGAUACCAGUUCGGACUACGACACCGUCAGUCGGCAUGUACAAGCUUACAUGUUCGAGUUUCAUAUCCUUCUUCGAGCACAGAGGGAUAUGGAAGUCGCUGAGGAGCGGGAACGAAACUUCUACCAGUGGUGGAGUACCUUGAGCCCUGCUGAGCAACAAGAGCGCCUGUCUCUGGCCCAAGACAUGGCUCCACGGCGAUGGCCAGCAAAGGCUUGA